GUGUUGGAGUAGAAACGAACUUCAUGACUGGAGAACCCCAAAAGUCUGGGCCGCCUCCAGGACCGCUGACUAGUAUAAGCAGACCAAGACCGACUGCGCUCGGGACUAAAGCUGCUCCAAAGGUGGCCAGAAUAUCAGGAGAUUCUCUGAAGAAACCAGACUUGAUGCCGCUUCCCAUUCCAAGGCCGGACGCUGCCAACGUCACGACACACUCUCCAACUGACGCGACACACCGACUUCAGAGUCCCCACAGCCCCCUGCCCUCCCUGAGUCCCACCUCACCUCAGCCCUCACAGCAACACAACUCACCCUCUAGCCUCAGUCCUCAGCCACAGGUCAUCCCUUCUCCUGGAAAGACGUCUCCGACUCAAGGCCAGAGCAGUGGAGACAACACUGACUUCAGGGUUCACAUCGUCACAUGGAACGUGGGAACAGCCGUCCCACCAGAUGAUAUCUCAGCUCUGUUUGGCCCAAAUGUUUCAGAUGGAAGCGUGGACAUGUUUAUCAUCGGCCUGCAGGAGGUCAACUCCAUGAUCAACAAGCGGCUGAAAGAUGCUCUUUUCUCCGACCAGUGGAGCGAUCUCUGCAUGGACACGCUCAGUCCGUUCGGCUAUGUUUUGGUGGCGUCCCAGCGCAUGCAGGGAGUCCUGCUGCUGGUUUUCUCUAAAUUCUGCCACCUUCCGUUUCUCAGAGGUGUGCAGACGGAGAGGACGAGGACGGGGCUUGGCGGAUACUGGGGUAAUAAAGGUGGUGUAAGUGCCAGGAUGACGGUGUUCGGCCACCCAGUGUGCUUCUUGAACUGUCACCUGCCGGCUCACAUGAGGAACCUGGAGCAGAGAAUGGAGGACUUCGAGAGCAUCCUGCAGCAGCAACAGUUCGAGGGAGGAGCUGCCACCGGAGUGCUGGAUCAUGACGUUGUCUUUUGGUUUGGGGAUUUAAACUUCCGUAUUGAAGACUACGACAUCCAUGUGGUGAAGUGUGCGAUAGACAGUAAUAAACUGCCGCUGCUGUGGGAGCGAGAUCAGCUCAACAUGGCUAAAAACACCGAGUCCAUCCUGGAGGGCUUCCUGGAGGGACCCUUGACAUUCCCACCCACAUAUAAGUUUGAUGUGGGCAGCCAUACUUAUGACACAAGUGCUAAGAAGAGGAAGCCUGCAUGGACGGAUCGCAUCCUUUGGCGUCUUCGUCGUACUGGCUCCCCGGUUCCUACCCACAAUGCAGCGCUGCAGCGAGGCCUGACCUCAUGGUUGGGGGGUGCCACCAAAGUGACCCAGCAUGUUUAUCAGAGUCACAUGAGCUUCACCAUCAGUGAUCACAAACCUGUCUCCGCUCUGUUCUCCCUGCAUUUUCCAUUUAAGGUGGAUUUACCGCUGGUGGAGCUGCAUGUUGACAAAGAGUGGCAGAACCUUUCAGAUAGUACAGCCAGGUUCACCUUUGCUACAAACUACCAACGGAGUUCCUGGGACUGGAUAGCGAUAUACAAGAUCGGAUUCAGACAUCACAAGGACUACCAGGCUUACGUGUGGGCCAAGGGCGAGACCUCAACACAUGUGACGUUCUCAGAGGAGGAUCUGCCGAGAGAUGACUGUGACUACAUCCUUGGUUACUACAGCAACAAUUUGAACAGCAUAGUUGGAUUGUCUGCCCCUUUUCAGAUCAAGAUUCCUGUCCACAGUCCAACAGCACAUCGGUCCGACAGCUCAGAUAUCAGCUCAGAAGAUGACAGCACCCUGGUUCUGCUGGCUCCAAACUCUCGUAGCCCGAGCCCAAAAACCACCAAGCACCGGCGUCACCGUGGCAGUCGCAGCCCAGUUGUGUCCUCAAACCCACUCCCCGCCCUGCAGGGCCUCAGUCUCUGCCCGCCAGCCCAGUCACACAGCCGCUCACCUGCCAAGAAAGAACGCUUGGUUUCACCUGACAUACCUUCAUCUCCCUCCAUCAGCCCACUUAGUCCCAGAAGCCCUGUGUCUCCGGGAAGUGGCAUCACAGCACCGGAAGCUCUGGUGGCAGCCAUUUUGGGUGACCACAGACCACCUCAGGUGAGCCCAAAAGGGGCCAAGCAGAUAGCCAAAGGAGGAGAAGCUGAUUUCAUCAAAUAGCAAAAGCCAGCAGUGAGUCUGACCUUGCACUGUGCUUGUAAGGAGAAGCACACCGCUUGACUCAUAACGGAGAAUGCAAACAUUCUACAUCACCUUCUAAAUAACUUGUGUGUGUCUUGAAGUCGGAUGCAAACAGACUUCUUGGAUCAAGUGCUUCUGUGAGCUGCGAUAUCAAUGAAGAAGCGUAUUGAAUGUGAAACCAAAGUCAACCAUGGGACUUCAAAGCAAUACCACGCCGCUGUACCCAGAGCCAGAGCACAGUGUCGCAGGUUAUAUCACGUAAAUGGACCGCGUUCUCUCAUGUGACAUGAACCCUUUUACGGAAUGUGAAACCAAAUUCAACGAGUGACUUGAACAGGCCAUCUGAAAUAAUGUGUUGGCACACUGGAUUGUAUUAAAUUCUACUCAUAAAUUGAUGUGGUUUUAAUGAAGUCUGCUGUUAUAUAUUGUCAUUGAAAAGAGUGAUGAAGACUGGACACUUAUCAUCUCUGUCAAUACAUUAAGACCCUGGAUCAACAGUCUGUGUGCGAUGUGUCCUAAAGUAAGUAGUCUUUUACGGCUCAGUGAAUCCCUGUUUUGUCUUAGGCUUACGUUGUUUGUUUUUGCCUAAUCUGCUGUCAGAAGUUUCCAAGAACUGUCUUGUGGAGGGAUCUAUUGGAAGAAAGUGCAAAAUAAAGUUUCA